AUGGCAGUGACGCGAGCGUGCUUGAUCGCGCUGGUCGUGGCCCUCGCGGUCGUGGAGGCGGCGGCGGGCGCUGCCGCCGGGACGUCGGAGCAGCGGCGGCGGCAGGUGCGAAGCCUCCUCAAGAGGCUCAACAAGAAUCCUCUCGCAAGCAUUCAGAGUGCAGAUGGAGAUAUCAUAGACUGUGUGCCCAUCUCCAAACAGCCUGCAUUGGAUCAUCCACUCCUCAAGAACCAUACUAUCCAGAUGCAUCCUUCUUACCACCCAGAAGGCCUGAGCGAUGACUCCAACAUCGCACCACAUCCAAUCACCCAAACAUGGCAUCAGAAUGGCUGCAAGUGCCCUCCAAACACAAUACCGAUCCGAAGGACCAAGGAGGAGGAUGUCCUGAGGGCUAGCUCUAUCAGGAGGUAUGGGAAGAAGAGGCCAAGGAGCAUACCGAACUUCUUUUCCGUUGAUGAUCCUAACAAGCUCAAUGUGACGAUUGGCCACCAGCACGCCAUAGCGUAUACACCGAAGGCUAGGUACUAUGGAACCAAAACCAGCAUCAAUCUGUGGCAACCAACUAUUGGGAGGGCCAAAGAUUUCAGCUUGGCCCAGCUCUGGAUCUCUGGGGGUUCCUAUAGCGGCAACGACCUCAAUACAAUUGAAGCAGGAUGGCAGGUUUACCCUGAGUUGUAUGGAGAUAGAAAUACAAGACUCUUCAUAUACUGGACUCGUGAUGCAUAUCGAAGAACAGGUUGUUAUAACCUACAGUGCUCAGGGUUCAUCCAAAUAAACAAUCAGAUCGCCAUUGGUGGUAGCUUCUCCCCUGUAUCCAGUUACGGUGGCUCACAAUAUGAAAUAACUAUUUUAAUCUGGAAGGAUCCAAAGGGGGGCAACUGGUGGUUGAAAGUAGGAAACCAUACUUUGGGCUAUUGGCCAUCAACCAUCUUCUCCUACCUGCAAAUUAGUGCAUCCUAUGUCAUGUGGGGAGGAGAGGUGUACUCGCCUUACGCCGACCAAACUUCGACAGACAUGGGCAGUGGGCACUUCCCUGGGGAAGGGCUCAGCAAGGCCAGCUACAUCAGGAACAUACAAGUGGUCGAUCCGUUCAACAAACUCAGUUCACCAAAUGUUCUGGGACUGGGGAACAAGCAGCCCAACUGCUACAACGUGGAGAGCAGCACCAAUAGCGUCAACUGGGGCACUUACAUCUUCUAUGGAGGACCAGGGAAGAACCCUAGCUGCCCAUAGUAGAACCCUAGCGCGCGGCACCAUAUCGAUCUCCUUGUCACAUGACGGAUAACCCUUUAGCAAUGCAUUACGUACGCAUCACUAGAGGCCCAGUAAGUAUUGUUAGUGUCUAUACUAGCGCUUGUAUAUGUGUUGCAACAUGUGGCGCUGCAAGCAUAAAUUGCUUCAUAUGUAGGUAUCUACAUAUGCAUUAUAUUGGGUAAGAUAUAUAUGAAGUUUGGAAGAAAUAUGUUAAA